GUUGCCUUGCUCGCGCAACUCCGCGCAAGAAUCUCGGUCCAAGCUGUCCAAUGACAUUUUUUUCCCAUCGUGAGAAGGUGUUGGUCUUGUUUUAACAUGUGUGCCGCUGUGUCAAGUUCACCGCGAUCGAUGAUGUAAUCCUUUGUGAUGGGAUUAGCGUUGUUAGAGUACUUAAUCGAGAUCACAUCGAUACAUCAUCUAUGACAAUCGACAUAGAGCUGCUCACGCUGCUCUCUAGUCAAAACAUGCCCCAGGACACGGCAGAGUCUGUCUGCCUCAAGCAACUUGGAACGGACAUUGUCGAGGACCUGGAACCGAAGUUUGUCGUGUCCGACCUCGAAAAGCAUCGCGUCCUGACGACGGCAGAGGUGAAAGACAUUUUGGGACAGGGUUCUGUUGAGAAUCAGUCGAGGCGACUGCUGGACAUCCUGUGCCUGAAGGGCGAGCGUGGCUACCAGGUGUUUGUUGAAACCCUGGACGAAGACAACAAGUACCCAUGGCUCGCCACCAGGCUGCGGAGAGCCAGGGAGGGCAUUCGGGAAGAAUACGUCUACACUCGCAACGUCCUGCAGAACGGAGGCGUCCCGUACAAGCCCAUGCACAUGGUCUGUCGCCCGGACCUGGUCACGGUCAUCCGAGACGCCCUGAGGAAGGCGUCCCGGAACGAGCGGGACCGUCCCAUCGCAGUGGUCCUCCACGGCAUGGUGGGCUGCGGCAAGUCCGUCCUGGCGGCGGAGGCGCUUCGCGACCCGUCCCUGCUCCGCGAGUGCUUUCCUGAUGGAGUCUACUGGCUUGGCAUUGGGAACCUGAGGGAGCCCAAUGACGUGCUUCUCAAGAUGCACCUCCAGCUGGAUCGGAUCAAGCUCGGUUGCCACAACGACGCCCAGUCGGUGGACCUGGCCAAGAGCAGACUCCAGCGCUGGGCGCUCAAGAACAAAGCACUACUGGUCUUGGAUGACGUGUGGUCCCGUCGCGUUGUGGACGCGUUCACGGUGGGGUGCCCACUCCUAGUCACCACCAAGGACAUCUCGGUGGUGGACCAACUCAAGGUGGAACGCACGCUGGUGGAGGUUGUGGAGGGUCUCACCCUCCCGGAGACGAGGAGGCUCUUUGCGGAGGUCUUUGGCGUCUCGGAGCAAGAGCUGCCCCACCAAGUGGACGACAUACACAACAUCCACCGCGGCCUGCCCCUGCUGAUGUCCAGCAUUGCGGCCGUCCUGAAGCCGAACUUCAAGCGCCCAGAGUUCUGGAAGCCGUACGUCGAGAGGGCCCUCCAGAACACGCGGAGACGGCGGAGCUCCGGAAGCGACAUGCACGACACCCUGGACCUCAUUCUCAGAAACCUGGACGGCGACACAGAGGGCUAUUUUCGGGACUUCGCUCUGUUCAUGGACGAUGUCGACAUUCCUAGUGUGGUCUUCGAGGUUCUCUGGAACAUGUCCAAGGAAGAAGUGGACGAGGUGAUGUGCCACCUGCAGAGCCAGUGUCUGGUGCGAGUCGAGGAGGACCCCGUGGAGGGGUCGCGCACCUAUGGCAUCCAUGACCUCUACCUGUCCUUCCUGAGGAAGAAGUGUCCCUCCCUCAAGGAUCUCCACCGCCGCUUCGUGGAGGCGCUGCUGCGCAAGUGGCAUCCCACCGAGAUCCCCUGCGAGCGUGGCUACCUGUACUGGUACCUGGGAUACCACUUGGACGAGGCGGACAUGGGGGAGGAGUUCCGGCGGAUCUUCCUUGACCUGCACUUUGUCGAGAGGAAGGUCAAGUGCAACUGCCCUAGCGAUCUCACCGCCGACCUCCAGCGCUACGAGAGGCACUUCCAGGAAUCCGAGGCCGCCCGGGAGCGCGGGGAUCUCCUCCACUUCCUCCAGCCCAACACCCACAUCCUGUCAGAUCCGUCGACCGACGUGGUUCAGUUGGCGCUGUGCCAGCCGCGCACGUCCACCAUCUACCCCAAGGCCAGGGCCCUGGCUCGCCGGCGCGUCAGCACCAAGCCCUACUUCGACUGGACCAACAUGCCAGACACGUGGUCCCAGGCGAAACUGCGGAUGCGGCCGCCGGAGCUAGGGGUGCUCCACGCAGAGUUCAGCCCCGAUGACCUGACCAUCGCAACAGCCGGCGAAGACGGUCGCAUCAGGUUGUGGCAGAGUCAAUCCGGAAUCCAGCAGGACGUGCUGGAGGGACACUCUGGUCCCGUCAACUGCUGCACAUUCAGUCGCGACGGCCUCCUCUUGGCUUCGGCUUCAUCCGACUGCACUGUCCGUCUGUGGAAGCUGGGUGGGCGCCUCCAUGCAACUUCAGCUGCCUCCACAGGAGCGCGGCCCCGGGCCGCAAGCCGCACGGAUGCGCGGAAGAAUUCUCGAAGCUGCGAGGCCAAGGAAGUGGUCCACGGGAGCGCCGUCAACUGCUGCUGCUUCUCCCCCGAUGGAACGCUCCUCGUGUCGGGAGACGAAGACGGCUUUGUCAUGGUCCACACGAUUGUGGGGGGCGACCUGGGCGAACCGCUCCUUGCUGCAGUUCCCCGCCAGGAGGCCUCGAUCCUGACCUGCUCGCUGACGUGCGACUCGCUCUACCUGGCACUGGCGCUCUCCGACAGUCGCGUCCAGGUGUACGAAGUGCGCCGCGACCUGAGCGAGACGCGACACACGGCACCACUGCAGCACUGGACCCUGGACCACCCGAACGGCGUAGUGCGCGCCUGCUGUGCCUCACCGCGCGAGCCCGACUGCGUCCUGUCUGUCGCGGGACAGUACGUCUGCAAGUGGCAACGCGGUGCCGUCAAGGACGGCUGGGCGAAGCGGUGCUACAACAGCUUCACGACUCAGUACCACCUGACGUGCUGCGCGGUGUCGCCGGACGGGCUGCUGGUCGCGGCGGGGACCACGCUGCGUGCCGUGCUGCUGUGGAGCAUAAAAACCGGGGCAGUCGUCGGGAGCUUUAAGGGGCACGCCCCAGACAUCCGUUCGGUGCACUUUUCACACGAUGGUUGUUCGCUGGUGUCCUCUUCAUCGGACGGCACGGUGGUGCUGUGGAACGUCACGAGCCACCGCAACUGCUCCCGAGUUGCCCUGGUGCCGGUCCUCGACGUGGUGUUCGCGGACGGCUCCUCAGAACGCCCCCUCCUCGCCACGUUCGACGAGACCGGCUUCUUCCAGGUCUGCUCGGGCCUGGAGGCCAGGCAGGAGUCCAAGAUGCAGCUGGGAGACCACGACAACAACAACAGCUACCAGGAAGUCUCGUGCUGCUGCUUCUCGCACGACCACGGGUCCGUCCUCUUCGGCACCAAGUCCGGAAGCGUCAACGUCUUCCGGCUGGAGGAAAAGAGGUGUGAGACCCUUGGAAGACACGACAGUUCAGUGACCACCAUUAUCUCGUCACCCAACUGUCUCGCCAUUUCGGGAUCUUCGGAGGGAACACUAAAGGUGUGGGAAGCGGACGGAAGUUCGACAGCCCUCGGGGAUCCUCUUGGUGCGGUCGUCUCUUGCCGCCUCUUCGACGACGCCCGCAAGUUGCUUUCCUGGACGGAGAGCGGCGAAAUUUGCGUUUGGAACCUGGUCGGGAUAAAGGCACUGCUGUUCUGCAUCGUGGCACAUGGAGGACACCGCAUCUCGUCCUGCGACGUGUCCCCGGAUGGACGGCAUCUCCUCUCCGGAUCGAGCGACAAGAAUCUCUGCCUCUGGGACAGCGAGACCGGAGAACUGCAGCGUACGAAAGAACUGGAGGCCUGCGUUCGUUGCUGCUGCUUCAGUCCGGAUGCGCACCAUCCUCUGGCCGCAGCCGGAACGGAUGAUGGGACGGUUUACGUCUACCAUCCCAAUGACGGCAGCGUUGCAAGGCUAGGCUGCCACUCGUCGUUCGUUCGCGACCUCGCGUUUUCGCCCGACGGCCGGCAGCUGGCAUCCCUCUCGGAGUCCGUGUGCUGGUGGCGCCUCGACGCGGACGGGCGAACCACCGAAUCCGACAGGCCACUCCAGAAGUUCUGGCUGCGCAGCGCGGGGGCUGAGUCUCUGUUUGUCUCGCCGGACUUCGGCACCUUUGUGACCGUGGACGACGCCGGCACCCUGUACGUUUUGCGUAGAGUCGGGGGUGAGGAGUGAAUCCGACCAAUGCCGCCUAGGAGACAGGGCUUGUGCAUGACGUCUUCGUUUGUUGACUUCCAACCCGCCCCAAGCGGCAGACGACGCUGUAAAGCCGCAGACGCGUCGGUCUCAGCAUCGCCGAGCACUGGUGUCUCGUUCGUGGCUAGACCGGCAUUGCAGUGAUCCACUAGCGACGACGUCUGCGGGGGAAAGGACGCAAGCUUUGUCUUCUGCCAAGCAUUGAUCUAACGUGCACCUGUCGCGGCGGACUGAGUCUUUGUAGGCGUGAGACGGACGGACUACACAGAGCAGAUCGCCGACAGACGAGGGGAAACUAUAAUGCCAUUCAGCUGGACUAAAUACACAAAGUGCAAAAGACGGCAGAGGACGUGAAGAAGGCAGGGCAGCGCUACUCACAACUGUCCAGUCUUCUUCGUGCCUUUGUCUGUCUUUUGCGAUUUAUGUAUUUACUAUGUUGAGCCCAGUUCAGACGGUUGCGCUGGUUGCGUCGAGAGCGACCGAAACGACGGUGGCGACGAAGUUGCCGGGAUGUUUUUUUGUUUUUUUUUAGCAUUUAGGAAAAUAAGGCUUUGUCAAGCGAUCGUGAGUCAGAGUUGUCCCGGUUGUUGCUGUCGUUUUGGUCGCCGUGAACAUGACCGACACGAAUGCCCCCGGACCUGAAAGUCGGCGAUCGUGCGAGGAACGUCUGAAAGAAACAGCGGUACUUUAUGCAUGAAGGUGAUGCAAGCAUUUUAGUGUCCCAUCGUCUGGUAACGUCUCAUCUAAUUCGCUUACACUAGGGCAAUUUCCCGUCGCGACAGGUGGCGAAUCGUGCAUUUCUGUCGUCAUAGGCACAGGAGUGGUUGAAAACGGGUUUUUGGUGUCGGGAUCUGGCAAAAUGGUGGCGUACCAUUUGUUCGUCAGGCUUGAUGUUCGCUCUAUUCCAUUUCGCAGUGAAACAGAGCACCUGCAUUUGGAUGUUGGUGACCACCUUCACACCCCAUUUACCGGUCCGCUGGUACGGAAAUGGGAAAUUGCGGUUGAGAUUCCACAGUGUCGUUGGAUGCUACGACAUACUAUGAUGCAAGAGGGAGACGCUGUUGUGCCAUAGUUCUUGGCUGGAUGCAUUCAAAGUGUUUUCAAUGCCUACAUGCUGGCAUCCCGGACUCUGUACGAAUUGGAAAUUUCCUGCAUCUGAUGCUUGAAUGUGAACCGUUUCACCGGUGCCACUUUUAGGUCUGGUCCCAGGCCUUGAACUUCAGCCCCCCAUUGGUUUGCGAGCAUCCAUAGAUUUUAGCUUUUUAUAAAACUUGACAUUCAAAAUUUUUUAAGGGAUUUCGCUACCCCGAAUGCAAAAGGGUAGAUGUGAAGAGUAUAAUAGGUAAUCUGUAAGGUCAACUGGAGAGAUCUUAAAACGAAAACAUUUUAGUAGUUUUGAGCUCCGCAGUGAGUGGUUGACAGUGCUUGUUCAUUUUGCUUUUUUUUUUUUGCAGAUGACGUGCUCACUAGACGUGCAAUUUAUCAUUUUUCUUGUGCAUAUGUAAAUGUAAUUUUAUUGGCUGUGUUUCUUCUUGUGAGGCACUCUUCAGCCACUUGGAGAUCUCGACACGUCAUUUGCAAUUGGAUAUGUUCUUCCAGGACCUUUGGGCAUACCACAUUGAGGCUUGUUGGAAGUAGCUAGGUGAACCAAUGAACAGAAGUGCCUUCACAUGUUUCGCCUUGAAAGCUCUUCACCAAAGGUAGUGACUUUUGCGAUGGCAGUCACCCAGUCACAAAUGUAGCGGACAAACCACAUUUCGUGAAGCAAACGCAGCUGAACUUGCUUCAUGUUUGGAAAACCCUACAUGUGACACAGCGGUCUUCUUGAAUCAUAGUUGGUUUCAUAAACAUUAUGGCAGUGGUCGGCUCUUUGUAAAAGGCGUAGAAAGGGCAAAUGCCGUGCGACAGCUACUAGCUCAAAAAGUGCCAGGGUGUCUCCCUGAUUUACACUGCCAAGUCUGUAUAAUUUAUGCUAGGAAAGCUCAAGUUAGUCACCACCGAAAAUGGUUUUGCACAACAUUUUGAGAGCGAGAUAUUUGAAGAGAUUUCUUUAGAUGUUUGGAGAAUAUAUGCUGCACAACCUUGGGCAAACUGUGCACAAAUGCUCAAUGAGCCAUUGCUCUAUAGUUUUGUGCCUAUCCGUGGGCCCUGCAGGAGAAAUUAGUUGGUUUGAUAGAGGAUUUACAAUUUUAUGAGGCAUGUUUUGGAGUUCCUGUUGAUGGUUUACUGUAGUAUUAGCAACCCCUAGGUCUACUUUUCAACCUUGUACAGUUGAAGAUAUCUCCAUUUUCGUCUAAAAAAUUAAGAAAAAAAAUUAUUUUUUUUUGUUUCGGCGUGCAUUACUUAAGUAAAAUGCAGCAUAUUGUCUUUUUUUUCUGCAAUGCUCAUCAAUGUGCAAUGUGUACAUGCUUAUAGAUAUGCUGUGUUGUCUAAUCUGUUGAUCUCGGGCCAGAAAAAAUGGCAUCUGGGGAAACGUUUUUGUACCUAAUCGGUGAUCUCGAACCUACAAUGCGAAUGUGGACAGUUAAAAAUAAAUAAGAAGGCCAUAACUAUUAAAAGUUUGACAUACACAUGGUAUUACGUAAUAAGUCCUUUUAUUUGACAAGUGUAAAGCUUUGGUUUUCUAACGUUAGAAUGACUGUUACUGUCUGUUUGCAACUGGUACCAGAUAUGGUUGUGCAAUUAUGAGACCUCUGCGACGACGGUUUCAUCGAAACCACUUGAUUGUCGUGGGUAGCAGAGCCUUACUAGCUGACAAAUUGAGGGACAUAAUGAGGUACAGUCGAGCCCGGUUAUAUCACACUCUGGUAUUCCGAAUUAUUGUUCAUAUCAAACAGUCCAAACAUCCCCUUGAAAAUCACAUGUAACACUACAGGAGCAUUGUCUUUUUGCAUCGAACUCUCAUGGCGGGGACACUUGAUAUUGGGGAGGAGGACAGACCGUGACGCCC